GAGAGAGAGAAGAAGAAGAAAUUUCAGAAUGAGUAAUAGCUGAAGCGAUCGCGUGGAGACGAAACCCUCGCUCGCUCUCAGAUUCUCUCCAAAAGCUGCAUUCCGGUGAUGGAGCAGCCGCCGUUAGCUAGAUUCGUCUCACGGAAAUCGAAGCUUCUUUCAAUGGCUGGGGCCAGCUCUUCACAUUACGAACCUGACGUCAUCGAGAUCAAAGCACCGGCUUCCAAGUCUCUAAAACAUAAUCAGGUAGUUGUUCCUGAUGACAUCAUUGAAAUUGAUGGAGAUGAUGAUCUUGGAAUUAUGUUAAUUGAUGAGACAACUAACACAGUUGGCAAGGGAAAGGCAACAGAAAAUGGGUAUGACUACAGUUGGCAACAAGUGAAGUAUGCUUUGGCCAAUGAUUUGGUGGGUCCUAGUUCAAGAGAUUUUGAGCUGAUGAAUGAUCUUCCUCAGUACCCUCUAGAUAAUCUUGAGCCAGAUCCACAGGAUCCGUUGUAUCUUGAAGAAGACGAUGAUGAUUCUCCAGAUUUUGAUUAUGCUAUGUCCCUUCAAGCCCAAUUCGAUGCAAUGGACAUCCCUCCAGGUGUCGAGGCAUCCAUUCCUUGGUUGCUGGACUCUUCUGAAAGUCAAAAGACAAGAGCUGGUACAAGCAGUUCACCAGUCCACAGCCAGUCAUCAAGUUCUUGCUGUGAAGUGGAACUGGCAGAGGUAGAUGAAGUGGACGAUGAAGUCCUAAAGAAGUAUAAGGUUUUUAAACAAUUUGAUUCUAUUGAAGAUUAUUCAGACCAUUUUUAUGUUAAGGGAGAUUCUUCACAAACUAAGCCAUCAAAAACUUGGGCGAAGACAAUUCAGGAGGAGUGGAAGAUCAUGGAAACAGGCUUACCUGAUACUAUAUUUGUGAGAGUCUAUGAAGAGAGGAUGGAUCUAUUGAGGGCUGUCAUUGUUGGAGCUGCUGGCACUCCCUAUCAUGAUGGUCUUUUCUUCUUUGAUGUUUUCUUUCCUCCAAAUUAUCCUAAUGUUCCACCGCAAGUGCACUACCAUUCUGGAGGGCUUCGACUGAACCCAAACUUGUACCAUUCUGGGUAUGUCUGUCUGAGUCUUUUGAAUACUUGGACUGGUGACGCAAACCAGAAGUGGAUCCCUGGCAAAUCAACCAUGUUACAAGUCUUGGUGUCCAUCCAAGCUUUGGUCCUGAAUGACGAACCCUACUUUAAUGAGCCUGGAUAUGAAAGAAGCCGUGGGCAGCCGAGCGGUGAAAUGCUUUCUCGGAAAUACAAUGAAGAAACGUUUAUCUUAUCCUGUAGGACAAUGCUUUACUCGUUAAACAGGCCACCCAAGAACUUUGAAGAUUUUGUGAUAGGGCAUUUUUAUAAGCGUGCAAACGAUAUUCUGGAGGCCUGUAAGGCAUAUAUGGAGGGUGCUGAGGUAGGUUGUGUUGUUAAAGGAGGAGUCCAGAAGGUUGAAGAGGGUGACAAGAGCAGCUCCAAAACUUUUAAGAAGAAAGUAUAUGAUAUUUCGAACUUGCUGUUUACAAAAUUUACAGAAAUUGGCGCGAAGGGAUGUACGCAUUUAGCACCCAAGCAAACUAGGGAGGAGGAAGAUGUGCUUGAUGAGUUCUAAGAAAUAAGUAAUGGGCUUGUGAGAUCAAAUGAUCAAGGUGGAUUGAGGCUGACAUUGAGGCUAACACAGACCUGUUUUGUAGGCUAAAAAAACACCUUCUGGAAUUUAGGUAGCUUUUUGAACAUAAAGGCUGUAGUUGUAGUUUGUAAAUAGAUGUAUAGGUAUGGCAUGGGAUUGAAUUGUCUAUAUCAUUAUUUCUAUGUGAUGGUAGGAUGGAUGUUAUUGGGUUGAUGGCAUGAUGCACA